UAGUUCUAUACUGCGCGUGCAGGGAGGCAAAAAAAAGGAAGGUGUCUUGUGGAGUUUUAAUCUGUGUCAGUCUAGAAGUGCUUUGUGGUAAGACUGCUGGACUAAGGAGGAGUUCCUUAGGAUUCGGAGUAUGCUGUCAUAUACAGAGAGCUUGGAUUUGUUCUGAAAUUGUUUGAGAAAGCAACAGGAAACUCAGGCAGAACUGGUUUAGAGUUGCUUAGUUUGCGGCAAGAAAUGGAAGACAGCCUGCCUGCUCUGGCUUCAGUGUGCGAGUCACCAGCCCUUCUCAACUUCUGCACUGAUGAUAGCAUUUCUGCUGCAAGCACGUCUGAUGUUCAGGACCGUCUUUCAGCUUUGGAAUUGCGAGUCCAGCAGCAGGAAGAUGAAAUCACGGUACUUAAGGCAGCCUUGGCCGACGUACUGAGACGUCUUGCCAUUUCUGAAGAUCAUACAGCAUCUUUGAAAAAAAUACCACCUGGCAAAGGUCCAGCAGUUUUACGUGAAGCCUUGUCUAUGUCAUGUAUACCUAAUGGGGGCGCGAUGAUCAGGAAACCAAGUCAUGGUUCUGUGUCAGUUGCCAGAAAGGAAACAUUUUCUUCAGCUGCAAAAAGUGGUACCGAGAAAAAGAAGGAAAAACUUCAAGAAGUGAAAGAAACAAAAGAGGAAUCUGAGUCUAAUGAUCAUAGCCAUCACAAUCAACAAAAUCAGACAUCAUCACCCUGUCCCCCCCAGGCUACCCAAACACAAAGACAUACUCCAGAAAGCAAGAGCUUUGCACCAACCAAAAGUGUAAAACGAUCCCAGAGCAACAACUGGGAGAGCUCAGAAGAAAGUCGUCACAAACUGAUAAGGGCUGCCACCACAACUAAGUUGUUAUCAAAAGUAGUAAAAAAUGUAGAGAAGCAUAAAGAACCUGUCAACAGCCCAGCAAAAGGGCCAAAUCGAGAAAAAAACAGCCAAGAGGGUGAAUACAUUAAGAUGUUCAUGCGAGGAAGACCAAUCACAAUGUUCAUUCCUUCUGAUGUGGAGAACUAUGACGACAUCAGGACCGAACUACCUCCUGAGAAACUAAAGUUAGAAUGGGUAUAUGGCUAUCGUGGAAGGGACUGUCGCGCCAAUGUCUACCUCCUCCCUACAGGAGAAAUCGUAUAUUUCAUUGCGUCAGUUGUAGUGCUGUUUAACUAUGAAGAGCGGACACAGAGGCAUUACCUAGGACACACAGACUGUGUUAAAUGCCUUGCAGUUCACCCUGACAAAAUCAGAAUAGCAACAGGACAGUUAGCUGGAGUGGAUAAAGAUGGAAGGCCUCUGCAUCCUCAUGUGCGUGUGUGGGACUCUGUGAGUCUAUCGACAUUACAGAUCAUUGGCCUUGGCACUUUUGAACGGGGUGUAGGAUCUCUGGCUUUUUCCAAAGCAGAUUCAGGUAUUCAUCUGGGUGUGAUUGACGAUUCAAAUGAACACAUGCUGACUGUAUGGGACUGGCAGAAGAAAUCCAAAAUUGCUGAAAUUAAGACCACAAAUGAGGUUGUAUUAGCCGUAGAGUUUCACCCUAUUGAUGCCAACACCAUAGUAACUUGUGGCAAGUCCCAUAUAUUUUUCUGGACAUGGAAUGGCAACUCACUAGCAAGGAAACAAGGAAUAUUUGGGAAAUAUGAAAAACCAAAGUUUGUACAGUGUUUAGCCUUCCUUGGGAAUGGAGAUGUCCUUGCUGGAGACUCAGGGGGUGUAAUGCUUAUAUGGAGUAAAACUGCAGUCGAACCCUCACCAGGAAAAGGGCCAAAGGGUGUGUAUCAAAUCAGUAGGCAGAUCAAAGCUCAUGACGGUAGCGUUUUCACAUUGUGUCAACUACGGAACGGAAUGAUGCUGACUGGUGGUGGGAAAGACAGGAAAAUAAUCCUCUGGGAUCAUAAACACAACCCUGAGAAAGAAACUGAGGUGCCUGAACAAUAUGGAACCAUUAGGGCAGUAUCGGAAGGAAAGGGAGAUCAGUUUUUGGUUGGUACAUCUCGCAAUUUUAUUCUGAGGGGUACAUUUAUUGAUGGUUUCCAGGUUGAGGUCCAGGGCCACACAGAAGAACUUUGGGGUUUGGCAACACAUCCAUUUAAAGACUUGUUCCUCACCUGUGCCCAGGACAGACAAGUUUGCCUGUGGAACUCUGUGGACCAUACAUUAGAAUGGACCAGACUAUUAGAUGAACCAGGACACUGUGCAGACUUCCAUCCAAGUGGGUCCGUUGUUGCAAUAGGAACCCAUUCAGGAAGGUGGUUUGUUCUGGAUGCUGAAACAAGAGACCUGGUGUCUAUCCACACUGAUGGCAAUGAGCAACUGUCUGUGAUGCGGUAUUCAGUUGAUGGCACAUUUCUUGCAGUGGGAUCACAUGACAACUUCAUAUAUCUCUACACAGUGUCCGAUAAUGGGAGGAAGUACAGCAGAUAUGGGAAGUGCACUGGACAUUCCAGCUAUAUUACACACCUUGACUGGUCACCAGAUAACAAUCAUAUCAUGUCAAACUCAGGAGACUAUGAAAUCCUAUACUGGGACAUUCCAAGUGGUUGCAAGCUAAUCCGAAAUCGCUCAGAAUGCAAGGACACAGACUGGGCAACAUACACAUGCGUUCUAGGAUUUCAUGUAUUUGGAGUGUGGCCUGAAGGUUCUGAUGGAACAGAUAUCAAUGCUCUUAUCAGGUCCCACAAUCGGAAAGUAAUAGCUGUUGCUGAUGACUUCUGCAAAGUGCAUCUCUUUCAGUAUCCAUGCUCUAAAGCAAAGGCUCCAAGCCACAAAUACAGUGCUCAUAGCAGCCAUGUCACCAAUGUCAGCUUUAGCCAUAGUGAUGGUCACCUAGUUUCUACUGGUGGAAAAGACAUGAGUAUCAUACAGUGGAAAUUAGUGGAAAAGGUGACCCUGCCAUCAAGUAAUGGCACUGCAGAGCCUUCUACUCCCAGAACGCCGGUACCUGUGAUAGAUGGUGUUGCAGAUCUGACACCAAGCACACUGCCGUCAUUCACUAAUGGCAUCCAGAAUGCAGUGCACACACCUGACACACCUGAUACUUCUGUAAUAUCAAAUGACAGCAUUGAGGAGGAGAGCCCAGAUCAAAGCAUGGAUCAGAAUACAGAGCACAGCCUGGGACAAGAUGCGGUGCAGAACACUGACCAAGGUGUGGAGGAGAAAGCAGAGCUGGAUGCAGAUGGUGAGCAGAACAGGGAACAGGAUGUGAAACAGAGUGAAGAUCAGGAUGUAGAAAUCACCGCAAAACAGAGGGAGGAAAGCAAUCUAAAUCUAAGCAAAUUGAACAACUUGCUGCUGUCUGAUGAUUCAGGCAAGGUACAAACCAAUGCUAUCAGUCCAACCAAAGACCACCAAGAUGCCUUGCCUGUGUCUUAAUGCAAAACAGACUUGGCGUUUCUUCUUCCGCUGCCCUUGUGUGCAUAGUGGGAGAGUGGGUUCUAAUCUUGGGAGGGAGCGCAGCUGGUAAUAGUGACCACUACAGCUGCUGGUUUCAGAGUGGAUAAAGACAAAUCUUCUGUUAAAGUGAGGAAUUGUCAGGGCUACUUUUGUCAAGUAGUGACAAAUCUCGCCACUGUUAAUAGUGAUGCGAAACAGUAGACUAAUAGCUUGGAUUCUAUAAUUGAAGGGACACAGGUUGUAAAUACUGGAAAAAAAAGUUGUUGAGAUGUGCUGAACUGUACUUGCAGAUAAAGUAAUUUCUUGAAAGAACAUUUGACACAACCAUUGCCAAUAGGUACCAUGGUAACUGCCAUUCGGAGUAAUACUGUGCUGUUUUGUAAGUUUCUGAGAAAAAAUAAAUAAAUAAAAUGGUGUUAAUGUUUGGCUCUCCUGAGAGCUUUAAUAUCCUGCCAUGGUCAUGGCACUGCCUUCUUAAAGUAACACAUAUGCAAUUUUCUUACACUACUACUUUUUCAAUGGUUCUGGAAGUAUUUACAGUUUAUUUGCCCUACUUGCUGCUAUCUGUCAUAAGAGUGAUUUACAAUCUCUUUAUGAAGUGCCACGUAAAUAAGGUAGCGCUUAUGAAGUUAACAUUCUUGCCCCUUAAACAAUUGACAUACUUUGCAAAAGUGAACAUGAAGUAAUAUUGAAGACAAAAAUAUUUAAAGCUUGUUCAGGCAUAAUUGAAGACAUAGAUUAAAAAAAUACCAGUGGAACCUUUGAACCAGAUAAGAUGUAGGUGACAAAAUGGCUGGCAGAAGUUUUCAACAUAUACCAUACGUUAACCACUCAUACAUUGUUUUGCUUUUACUGAGCAUAUUCCAAA